AUGAGAAUUUUGCUCGUUGCGUUAAUUCCAUUGGCGGAGACGUUCCUGAAUCCGGAAAACAAUCAGCUAAUCUCCAGAUUUUCGGAGCAAUCUGCUAUCCCCUAUUAUCUCGAGCAUUCUAACGCAGCCUGUACCUGUACCGGACGCUGUGAAACUGGAUGGACCUACUUUAAUGAGACAGAUGCCUGCUAUAAGACUUUUUUCUGGAAGAACUUUGACGAAGCCGAAGGAGUAUGUAGAACUCUAGGUGGACAUCUGACUUCAAUUCAUAGUUUUCUAGAAAAUGAUUUCGUAGCCGAGCUAGCGAAAUCGGGUAAACCAUAUACUAGUUGUUGUUCUGAUACAACUUGGAUAGGUUUAAGACGACCUGAUCCAGUAAAGAGUAACUGGACUUGGACUGACGGCACAGAGGUAGACUUUCUGGCAUGGGCGCCAAAUGAACCGGACAACUGGGGAGGAAUACAACGCUGCGUGCUGGUAUGA